GAGUUUGUUCGGCAAGCGGAGGUUUGCAUCAUUUCGCUGUGAGGUUUUGCGAACGGUUUUUUACGUGAAUUUCGCGUGUGACCCAUACCGAUCGUGUGAUCAUUACGAGGGAAAAGUGCGAUCUCAAGUGAAGUUUCCAUCCACUGCGUGACUCCAGUUCCAUCGUAGUCAUUUUCGAAUAAUAUCGCAUCUCCGCGAAUACCGUGUGUCGUGUGCGCGCAUUAUUUGUGUUGGUUCCGCGGCCGGAUAGCAUCACCUACGGAUUUGUGAAGCGUCGUGUGUAUUGGUGCAGGAAUGGCACAGCAACAUAAGCUGCAUUUUCGGGACCAGCACCAGCAACCACCACUCGUGGCCGGAGGAACGACUGGAACUAGCAGCACAUUUACGGCAACAGGAGGAACUGGUCACGGCAGCAGUGAAAAACGCAAGCAUCGCGUGUUAGAGUGUGAUAGUGAUGAAGACGAUUUUGCUGGAUUCGACGAGGACGCCACCCGUAGUGAGAACGGAGCUUUAGGUUCGCCCAGAUUGUCGAAUUCGAUUUCCGCUUUUGUAAACCUAAAGAAGGCUCGAGAAUUUAAAUCAACUCUUUUAUCAUCAUCGCCAUCGACGGGAGGACUUCCGGCAAGCGGAUCUGAUGCUUCGGCAGUAGAAACUUUGGGGGGUGUCGCAGAAAAACAGGACGAAAUGGAGUCUCUGGUUGAACUAGAAGCAUCAACGGGAGGAGGUGGAUCUGGCAUUUUUGAACCGAGCGGUAAAGCUGCGAUGCUAAUGGCGUCCAGUCAGGCCAAGCGAAAAGUGACCGCACCCGUCAAUGCUCAGGACGAAGCUUUUAAGUUGCCGUUCAAGUUCGGCUGGAAGCGGGAAUUGGUAUACCGUGCUAAUAUGGACGGUAAUAGCAAGGACAAAGGCGAGGUAUAUUACAUUACUCCAACGGGGAAAAAACUACGCACGCGAAAUGAUAUUGUUAUGGCCCUACACGAGGGACUAACAAUGGACAAUUUUACGUUCAUGAAAGAAUCUGUUGGUGGUUCUCCAGAUGAAGAGAUUAUUAGGAGUGCUAAAUCGUAUGGUAGUACGCCACGACGUUCAAUUAAUUCGGUGCCAGUGGCGGAAUUAGUUUCGGAUAAUAAUCUAGGCAAACGCAUUCCGAAACCAAAAAUGCCAAAAGGAGCUAGCCCGCCUCCUACUUCUACGUCGCGUACAUCGCUCGGUCAGUCCCGCACCCCACCUUCUUCUCGUUCAAAUUCCCAAACCUCACCCAAAUCUGGGGCAUCCGUCGGGGGUCAUCGUGGCACCACAACCACUACAGUCGGUCAAAAACCGAACGAAAAUACUUUCAAUGCAGCCAAGUCAGCAAAGCUGAAAAACAAAGUCGAAACAUGUACCAUCCAGUGUCUACCGGCAAUGGGGAUGAUUCCUCAACUUCAAUGCGUCUCUUGCCUGUGUAUGUACCAUCCGGAGUGUGUUGAAGCAACUACAGCCGAAAUUCUGGCUCGAAGAUUUACCUGUAAGAUUUGCAUGGAUGAACAAUCAACUGUCUCGGAUCUCGAAAGCAUGGCGACGUUUGAAAGACCCGUGAUAAAUUCUAUCACUGCAAUCCAACCAUUAGCAGCUCAAUCGUUGAACAAUGGCAAUGCAACUGCUACAACCGUCCCUGUAGUUGAUAAACAAAAGAAACCCACUCCACCUCAGCAGCCACCCAAAACCGGUCCAGGUACACCUAAAAGCAGUGGAAAAGAACCUCCUCCCCAGGAUGUGAUUGUUGUAGGAAACCAUCAGUUCAUUGUUGUUCCGAAAGGCAAACCAGCUCCACCGAAGAAUAAAAAGCUAUCUAAACAACCACUACCACAACAGCAGCCACCGGUACAGCAGCAAUCGUUAGUGCAAGCUCCGAUGCAGCCAACAGUAUCCGACGACAGCCGGAAAGCUGUAGGUAAUGCAAAACAAGUCGCCGCCAACAAUCAGGCCAAUAGUCGAAGCUUCAUUGCAGCGGACUUGGCUGCCAUCAGCCAGAACAACAGUACACGGACUUCCUCGCUUGCUGCUGGAGUCGAACAAAAUAGGUUGUUUGCGUCGAAUUUCUUCUCCAACGUAUCAAUUGGUUAUGAUGUACUGCAGCAAACGUUUCAAUAUCUUAAAGUACAGGAACUGCUGCGUGCGAGUUGUGUUUGUCGAAUGUGGAACCAAGUUGCGAAUCAUCCGCGGUUGUGGAGGACUGUUCGCAUGAAGAAUUCGCAUGUCAACGAUUGGAGUGGUCUCGCCAACACCUUGCACAAGAACGGCACCAAGCAUUUAGAUCUGCGGAAAAUGUUAAUCUCCGGGAAUAGUGACGAAAUGUGGCACAGGUUUGCAGAAAACAUCUCCCAUGUCGAUAACCUUGAAAGAAUUGAUCUAUGUCGCUGUUCUUCGACGGUGGUUGGCAAUUUGUUAAAGUCGAAUCCUAAUCUCAAGGUUAUCAAUGCCCUCGCGAUCAAGAAUGAUCCUCUAGACUUUUCAAACUUUCAAUACGGCAAGUACCUUCAAGAGCUGAGGCUUAAAUCAUCCGCUGCAGUGUCAGUGGAUAAUGAUCUCUCGCAACUUGGCUUCCUUACAUGUCUUCGACAUCUCUCAUUGACUUCAAUUCAGAGACUGGGAUCAACCUCAAUCAAGGCACUGGAGAAUUUGGUAAACCUAGAGUCACUCGAAUUGGGAGAAUGUACCGAAAUUGGUCAUAAUCUUGCUGAAAUCCUUCCUAGUAUGAUUAAUCUGCAACGAUUGCGACUGGAAAAGGGUCAGGAAAAUGUCAACAUGUUCGCAGUUUUGGAAGGUAUAUCAAAAAUUCCAAGUCUAAGUCAGCUUGAACUUAUCAAUUGCGAUGUGAAAGUUGGAUUCGACAAACACAUAAAUAAGUGCAACAACAUCAAGAAGCUGCUCCUGAUUCCGACGUACGUUUCUCAAUCUGCAGCUACGAAUCAUAUGGUACUUAGCGGAAUAGCAAAGCUGAAGGACACUCUCGAGAUUUUCAUUUGGCCUGUAACGGUUGAACUACUGCGGGUGACGGAGUUGUACAUAGAUCAGUGUGAUACGAAAAAUCGAGAUGAUAAAAACAGUCCCGGUGAAAGCAUACCAAUACUGAAACCGGUGCCUGGAGUAGAUGAAGUACCGAUCGCCAACAGCUCAAACACGCCCGACACUCCGGCGCAGGUCGAAAUCGUUCCCCUUACUACAGUCAACAGCAUUCUUGACCGAUCACUCCCCAAGACCAAGCUGAAGAUACUGAAAAUUCCGUUUGCCAGCACCUGGAAACAAGGCAUGAUUGAACUACCGUAGAAUCGGUGAUUUUGACUCUAAAUCCGGUGUGGAGAUCAAACUAGGAAGUCCAUCAUUUUAAAUGUAAAACGUAGAGGUAAUUUAUUCGUAUUAGUUCUAUGUGUAUCAUGUAGUUUCAUCUAGUGUUGUAAGAUGAUAACAUGCAGCAGACACGAGAGAAAGAGUUACUGCUGCUUUCCUCGCACUGUACAUAAAAUCACAUUGUCUGUAACAACUGUCCGAUGUGCGUCGAGGAAACGUUUGAAAUAUUAGUGUCCGCCGUUUUACGCGGCUAUUUUUCAAUUCAAACGAAUAUUGGACAAACUUGAAUACCUAUCUAUUCAGAAUUCAGGCUGUCAAAAAUGGUAGGAUGUUGAUUGAUUUAAUUUUUUUAUUAAAAAAUGUUGCAACUCGAAAAAUAAUUCGUUUUUUUUCGAUUUUGAUUGUGUCUGAAAAAAUUGGCUUUAUGAAUAAUUAUUUUUGAUGUAUAAAAUUCAACAUAGAUUUAGAAAACUUGCUUUCCCAUCACGCGUAUCUGCUUUAGAUUAACUAAGUUAAUAGAUAAAGAGAAUAAACAUAAUGCUAUGUUUA